GAUAUUAUGUACGGUUAUUCAUCGUUAGUGAUAACUUUGUGACGUUUUCCCUAAGGGUAGAGCAUGCGCUUCAUUGCCAUUGUGAAAAAGACAUCAGCGCACACUGAAAGAGAACGAGAACAGUAUAAACAUGCAUGUCAUCUGCACCGACAGUCCAGCACAGGGACACAGGUUAAAGAUGUGGUAAUUAGGGCUGAUGCUCCAAACACCCUCCUUCUGGACAAACAUGCAGACUAUAUUGCAGCCUAUGGAUCAAAGAAGGACGAUUAUGAAUACACACUGUCGGAGUACUUGAGGAUGAGUGGUAUUUACUGGGGCCUUACAGUAAUGGACCUGAUGGGUCAGCUCUCUCGAAUGAACCGGGAGGAGAUCAUAGACUUCAUCAAGUCCUGCCAGCAUGACUGUGGAGGCAUCAGCGCCAGCAUCGGCCACGACCCGCAUCUCCUCUACACCCUCAGCGCUGUACAGAUCCUAUCCUUGUAUGAUAGCAUAAAUGUCAUUGAUGUGGACAAAGUGGUGGACUAUGUCAAAGGACUGCAGCAGGAGGACGGCUCAUUCGCCGGGGACAAAUGGGGGGAAAUAGAUACUCGCUUUUCCUUUUGUGCGGUUGCGACAUUGGCACUACUGGGGAAGUUGGAUGCUAUCAACUUAGACAAAGCAGUGGAGUUUGUGCUCUCCUGUAUGAACUUUGAUGGUGGAUUUGGUUGCAGGCCUGGUUCAGAGUCUCACGCUGGUCAGAUUUACUGCUGUACAGGUUUCCUGUCCAUUACUGGGCAGCUUCAUAAGAUCAAUGCAGAUCUGCUGGGCUGGUGGCUCUGUGAAAGACAGUUGCCAUCAGGAGGCUUGAAUGGGAGACCAGAGAAGCUGCCUGAUGUCUGCUAUUCCUGGUGGGUUCUUGCCUCUUUGAAGAUCAUUGGCAGAAUUCACUGGAUCGACAAAGCAAAAUUGUGCUCUUUUAUUCUUUCCUGCCAGGAUGAAGAGACAGGAGGCUUUGCUGACAGGCCUGGUGACAUGGUGGAUCCUUUCCACACUCUGUUUGGUGUGGCGGGGCUGUCUUUGCUAGGAGAUGAGCAGAUCAAACCAGUGAACCCUGUGUUUUGCAUGCCUGAGGAUGUGCUUCAGAGGAUAGGUCUCCAACCAGACUUGCUGGGCUGAGUUUAAAUAUUCAGCAUGGCCGUUUUCCUUCCCUCCUUUCCCUGUGCACCCGGCCCUGUUCUGAAACAGGUCAGGAAACCAUCAAACCGUGGAAAGCACUGCAUAUUGCUGUCACCCUCAACAAUGAUAGGAGCACAAUUCAAAGGGACCAAGGACUUUAGAAACCUCUAAAACACUCUAAAGAGACUUACUGUGUCCUCUUGUUUUGAGAAUUGUUCUUAUUAUUUAUGUACAGUAUGUGUGCAGGCCCUUAAGAGCUUCCUUCUGGAUGUACUCUUUCUUUAAUGAUGCUGGCCAGAGAGAAACAUCAGGACUUUACAGCAUUCAUUGUAUAUAUUUAAACUAGGGCUGUCAAUCGAUUACAAUUUAUAAUCGAAUUAAUUACAUGGU